AUAUGAUUUUGUGAAAGGUUUUCAAGCUGUUCUGUGGUAUAUUUUGUUGGUUUUAUGAACGUUUUUUAGACUGUUUUGCUUCGAAACGUCAUGUAAACUACCACUUUUUACAAAAUAAAACUUUUAAUGUAAUUGGUGUAAUUUGGAAAGGAAUAAGAGUUAAUAUAAUUUUGUAUGAUUUUUCACCGAUAAGAAUCGAAAGAAGAUAUGACGUUAUAACGAUGAGCGCUUGGAUGAAGAAGUAACAGUCUGUUAAUAGUGCAGUGUGUAACAAUGUACAUCCGGAAAAGACAGCACGUGGUCACAAGGACAGCCUUUUGUUGCUGUUGCUUCCUGGUCUGUGUCCUUCCGGUGCUUACCGACGAUCCCGUAUACACACCACAGACGCUGUCAGAUGCUGCCGGAAACACGGCGGACAACGCUUCUUUGAUCACGUGGGCGGACUGGCCAGCGGGGGAUGCGUACGUCCUAACAGAGCCCUCCCGGGUCAGCGAGGGGCUAUCGGCGUAUUACAACAUGAUUCAUGGAUUUAUUGAUGCCAUCUUCGUGAAAGGCUUUCCAAAUGAUUUGUUGGAAAAGCUCGCUGAUCAGGAUCUAAGCGCCAUUGUAGGCAGUUAUAGCAACUACAUCCCGUAUUUUCUGGGAUUCGCCAUUGCGGUUGUCACGGGAUUACUUUUCAUCAUCAUCUUCCCGAUAUUCGCCGUGUGUUUCUGCUGUUGUCGUUGCUGUGGAAACUGCGGCGGGAGAAAGAAACAGGACCCCAAACAGGCCGGAAGUAACUGCAGAAAGGGCUGCUUCAUCAUUACUCUCAUCAUAUCUACUUCGUUUCUCCUUGUAAGUGCUAUUUGCAUUUACGUGAACAACAGCAACACGUCCACGACCUUAACGUCUCUGGACGACGUUGUCAACGACACUUUUACUGACGCGCGGACUUUCACAAAUAACACACUACAAGAAGUGGAGCGCAUCGCGGGCACCAACUUAAACUUCACAAUUGACGCCCUGUUCAGGGACCUCGACAACAUGGACUAUUUAUUGGGCAUACCUGUUCGAGAUCAGAUCAAGAACAACACGAAUCUCACAUCGACCAUCGCUAUAGGAUAUAACAUAUCUACCAAAAUGGACGAUGCCGAUACGGCCUUGACGAACGUGGAGACGGCCAUGACCGAUCUGGAGACUUCUAUUAAUAGUCUCAAUACCUCGCUUACCAGCUUCAAGACCAACAUGGACACUAUUUUCUCAUCCUGCGGGGUUAAUUGUCCUUCUUCUGGCCAACCGAGCUACAGUUCGGCUUCAGUCGACGUUGACACGUCACAGUUUCCCAGCCUGACAGGCGCCCGAACCAGCAUGGACAACGCCAAGAACACCAAUAUGACCCAACAGUUAGAAACGGCGGAGGCAGAAUUAGAUAACCUUCCUGAGACUGUGAAGAACGAGUCGAACACCACUAUAUCAGAUAUGAAGACAGAUAUAGAUGCACUUCGAGGGGACUUGGCGGAGGUCCUUAGCACGGUUGAAGAUCUUAACGACGAGAUCAGCGGUGCAAAUAGUUCACUGGAUUUAGACAAACUCUCCAGUGACCUUAGAGACUACACGGAUAUCCUCAAACAAUACGACCAAUACAGAUGGUACGGUGGUGUUGGCCUGGCCUCCGUUGUGCUUGUAGUGGUCGUGUUUGCCCUACUGGGACUCCUGUUUGGCCUCUGUGGAACCCACACGGUCACUCCAUCCCACCAGCGGGGGUGCCUCUCAAACUGUGGUGGGAUCUUCCUCAUGGCUUCGGCGGCGUUUAUCCUGAUAUUCUCCACGUUGUUGAUGUUGUUGACGUUUCCUACGUUCAUGGUCGGGGCCCCCUUCCAUCAGUUGGUCUGCUACCCGCUCACAGACCUGGACAAACUGGAAGAGGUCGAGGACCUUUACAACAAGUUCACGGUCGGGAAAGACAAAUACUCGCUGGGAAAUUUGCUGUUCCAGAAUGAUUCAAUACCCCUGACACUGUAUCGACUGUUGAAAGAUUGCAAAGGCGGAGAGUCAGCCUUUAACGCCUUCCAGCUUGGGAGCAAGUUUGACAUAGAUGAUAUGCUCAAUUAUUCCAAGACAAUCGACAUUAACGCCACCAUUGCCAACCUGACCAUCAACCUGACAAGUGUGCAAGUCUACCCCGCUGAUCUUCAACAACAGCUUCUCAACCUGAACGACGCCGUCAACAUCAGCUUCACCGACUUCUAUAAUGAGCUCAGCAAUAGCCCCACGACGGUUGACCUAGGAGAUCUAGCAGACGACAUCGAUACUUAUGUCACUAGUAAUCCGUCAAUGCCGUCUGAUACGAAGACAAGUCUAAAUGCCCAAGCCACUGAACUCCGAAGAAUAGAGAGCGAGGAGUAUGCAUAUGUUUCGGGAAAUACAACAGCCCUGAACACUUCCGUUGGAAAUAUGGAGACAACCGUUGCCGAUAUUCCGACGCUGGUGGACGCAUUGGAUGAAGGUCUCCAGAACGCGGAUGACUACAUGCAGAAUAACGCAUCUGACCUCAUCAAAACGGAAUUAGAAACUUAUGCAGGUCGGGUGGUUGGAAUUAUUGACUCAUUCGUGGGUUACACAGGAGACGCUGUCAAGAACAAAAUGGGAAAAUGCACUCCAGUGUGGAACAUCUACAACACCCUCGUUGUCCACACAUUCUGCUACAACUUCCUGGAUACAUUCAACGGGUUUUGGUUUUCGCUCGGUUGGGCAGUGUUUUUCUUCAUGUUUAGUCUGAUAUUUUCCGUAAAAACGGCGAAGUAUUUCCGGACUAUGACGGAAAUACCCGACGAACUGAUGGACGAUGUCGACGACAAUUACUCAUUGGACUAUUUACCAGAUAGCAAAGGACGCCCAGACGUUUCGUCACACCACAUGCCACCAAAUUCAAAGUUCCCGAAAAGAAACAACAAAGUUCAUCAUUACGACUCCGAGUGGUAGGCUGACAUCCGCACACUGGCAAAUAGUUUCAGAGAUGCUGUGUGCACAAUCAAUAGAUUGUGAUAUUUGUUGUCGUUGUUGAGUUUAUAAAGGUCUGCCCACGCCCUAUAAUGGCUGCAUUAUGGCUUGACCCCGUCACAUCCCCAAAUGUGACUUAAACAGAAUUUUGAAGCCAAAGGGGGAGUUUUACUCCAAUCGGUUGAUGGGAUAUUCACCAAAGGAGUCAUUUUGUACCCAAAGUGCCGCGAUGUGAUAUUUGUUUAAAACUGUUCUGUUUGAUAUAUCACCUACAGUAUGUUAUCAGCAUGUAUAUAUAUCGUGUGAUGUCUGAUUAUGUGCUAUAUAUAUCACGUUAUGUUUUAUUGUUUAUCGUAAUAGUUUAACAUGUGUAACAUAUGUUGUGGAAACGUUACUCAUUCCUUUCUGAGCCAUAUUCACUGACGUCCUGAGAUUGAGGUUCAGGUUGGUACUGAGUGAUUUCUUAAAUAUCAUAAAUAAUCUUCAAUCAGUUGUUGGUGACGCGAAAUAUGGAAGUAAUUAUUAUACAUUGUAUUAGCAAUUUCUAUUACCAGUUGUACCAUCAUUGCUCUUUUAAAAAAAUGCUACAAUAGCAUGAAGAUAAUUUGCCGUCAUCAAAUUCAAACUUCAAACUCCAACUCAGGCUCAAUACGAAAGUGAAUUUGGAUCCUGUUGCACAUACUGUUCCGUAUAUUAUAUGUUUCUUAUUGGAUUUUAUUUGAUGAUUUUGUUUUUAUAUAUCUUAACUUAGAGUGUUUUUGCAUUUUAAUGUGUAAUAUUUCGGUUAUCAUAGUAAAUGGUUUCAUGUCUUAAAAAUUCUAUUGUUUCAAUUAUGUGUACUAACUUUUUCUAGUGUUUUUUUCUAAUGAAUUAUGCGUAUCAUUUUUGACCAUACAUUAUUACUUUUGUGCGUCUAUGAUUUUGUUAUUAUAAACAUCAAUUCCAAUCUUAUGGUCCUGACGUGAUUGCAUCUUUUCAGUUCUCAUCCUACGCCAGAUUAUACUUACCCUGACGUCAAAGUUUUAUAUGGAAAGCUGAACACCCUUGGUGUUAACUUGAAUCAUGAAAAUGAAGCAGACGAUAACACCGAGAAGCUGUUUUCUAAUGCUAAAAAUAGAUCUGACGCCUCUGAUCCUCAUGAAGCAUCGAUAGAACAACAAUCUGAACUCAGACAGGACAAAUUAGUUAAUGACAAAACAGAGAAAACCGCUGCUGAUGGAGAUGAUAUCGCGGAAGAAUCUUAUCAACACGAAGUAGUUACGCAAGAGAUAGUUAUCAAACCAAAAAUAAACCCUUUGGAAAAGAAAUAUGAUUCUUCGCCCUCAGAUAUGAAUGGACGAGUCGCUGUGCAGUCAGAUAUAAUGAUGCCCACUGCACCGCCGCUAUCAGAAAUGACUGAACACACAGAGGAGGAUGGUCACGCUGGGCAGGGUUAGACUUGACUGAAUACACAGAGGAUGGUCGAACUUGACGGGAUAAGGAAUAGCCUAAGUCCAAGGAUUUUCUAUAACCAUAUACAGCAGUUACUUCCCUUGAUCAAUGAAGUGUUGAACCAGUCUCAAUUUUACACACUGUCAGGCAUAGGACUUACUAAUCGUUGCAAUAACUAAAAUGUGCACAUUAUAGGUUGAUGCAAAAUAUGUUUUUAAUUUAAUACAUUAUCGUGUUUAAGUCAUUUGACUUUAAUGGCCAAUAAAAAGCAUAUGAUGUAGGUACUCAAAUAAAAAAACACUCUUUUUUGGCAUCAACCUAUUUUGUGAACCUACAAAUAAGUCAUCCACUUGCACUUUAGUUGUCUCACAUGGGAAAGCACACCAUUUCCAGAAGAUGUAUAUAUGUCUGGAAAUGCUUCAACAACCUUUCCAAAAUAGCAACAAGCAUGUCUAGUUGCGCCCCUGCCUGACUUGUGCCGUAUUUAGAGCACGCAAAGUCCAUAUUUUAGCGAAUAAUCAACCCAUAGCUAACGUAUCUGUUCAAAAAGAUUGGUAACAACCACUUUGUUUUAAUCUGAUGAUUUCAUAUUUAUUAUAUAUAGACAGUAUAACUAGACUAGCAUUUUGUAAAUUUUUAAGGUAUGCGACGCACAAAUAAGAACUUAUCGAGACAUUGGCGAUCUUUUCACUUAAAUUUUGAUGCCUUUUCAGGAAAUCUAAUCUUUGUAUCCUUUAAAAUCUUUUUCUUGCUGAUAAUAUAUGAUUUGAUUUUAAUCAAUAGGGUAACAGAAACAAUUUAAUUUUGCAAUUAUAUUAUUGUCUCUUUAUUUGUCGGACAAUGACCUCCUUAGCAAUUCUUCAAUGCCAAAAAAAGUUUGUUUGUAACAUGUUUUUCGAUUACAUUUUAACGUGUACCUUAUCAGCGUGUACAUUACUUACAGAUGAUAUCAAACUAAAAGUGGGUCACUAGGCAUCAAAAAGUUCACAAACUGUACUUAGAAUACUUAAUUGAUCUGCAUUUCCUAGCCGCUGACCUAUUUUUAAUCAUUCAUUUGUGCUCUUGCUGUGAUAUAAAAUGCUCGUUUUCACCCGUCCUUUAGCACAUGUUUGAUGCUUUCACUCAUGUGAAACAUGCGGCCGACUGUUCAGAACAUUGGAAAAGUUAACCACGUUGUAAACGUCAUCAUUGUUCGCUUCAAAUCUGUUUUGAUCUUAAUUUUUCAUUGACACAUUUCUGAUCGGUAGUAUUCAUACUAGGUUUUAGAGAACUGUUUCAGCUGUAUGUGUUUUAUUUAUUAUAGGAGCAGUUCAUACAUUAUUUUUACUUUAAAAAGUUAUCAACGAUGCUGUUAACAACGUUGCUAACUAUAACAAAGUUCUGAACAAACGGCCUAUCAUUCCAUAGUUGUUGUAAUCAUGGUAAUUGUUGGGCAGGUCCCAGUUUUUCUUGCGUUAAUGCUUUUUUCUUGCAUUGUACGUCCGGCUUUGUAGUGUGUUAAUUGUCGUUAUAAUAAGUCUUCAAUCCUAUUUUUUAAAUAAAUGUACGAGCGUUA